AGACGAAAACAGUGCGUCUGCUAGUACUUCCGGAGUCACGCGUCUUCCUCCGCCAUGUGCAUGGUGGGAACGAAAUAACGAAGCUGCUUUUCUGAAACGUGAAUGAGGGAAACAAAGCUGCUUGUUGCCGCUCAGAGAAGAGGAAAGCCCCGGCGGGACGAGGGACGUGUCCGGACUGUUGUCAAGAGGGAAACACCACCAAGUAGCCCAUAAACUAGCGAAAUAGUGGAGUCGUUUCUCUCGGCAGCUAGCUGGUAAGCUCGUACGUUUUCGCCAUGGCUCUGUACAUCAAAGCUGCUGAGGUCCUGGAGAAAGCCGAGAUGAAGCAGGGCGCUUUGAAAACUCUGGUUUACGACAGCAAAUUUGCAAACAUCAAGCAGCUGUUCGCUCUGGUUUGUGAGACCGAGAAGUUUUCCUCCAUCCUGGAGGAGAUCAUCGAGUCCACCAAGCUGCUCAAACAGACCAAGCUGAAGAUACACCUGGCCAAAGUGCUGGUGUACGACCUGUUGAUCGGCCGGGGGCUGAAGUGCGGCGGCUCCUGGAAGACCAUGAUGAUGAAGCAUCGCUCCCGACUGCAGGCGGCGCUGGCCCGCAUGAAGGUGAAGCAGAACGUCAGCAAGAAUGGGGACCUGCUCCCGGUCAGCGUCCAGAGGGUUGUCGGGAUCCAGCUGCCCAGGUAUGCGCGCGUGAACACCCUGAAGACCACCGUGGAGGACGCUGUGGACUACCUGAAGAGGGAUGGCUUCUCCUACAUGGGACAGGCCUCCAGUCUGGAGGACUUAACCAUGAAGAGGAAAGACUUUAUGCUGGACCUGCAUCUGCCGGAGGUGCUGGCCUUCUCUCCUAAAACUGACUUCCAUGACCACUUCCUGUACAAGGCUGGCCACAUCAUCCUGCAGGACAAAGCCAGCUGCCUCCCCGCUUUCCUCCUCAACCCCCCACCUGGCAGCCAUCUCAUCGAUGCCUGCGCUGCCCCUGGCAACAAAACCAGCCACCUGGCUGCCAUCAUGAAGAACAAGGGCAGGCUGUUUGCCUUUGAUUUGGAUGCCAAGCGUCUGGCCACCAUGGCGACUCUCCUGCUCCGAGCUGGGGUCACCUGCCAGCAGCUGGCCAACCAGGACUUCCUGAAGGUGGACCCUGACAGCCCGCAGUUUAAAGACGUUGAGUACGUCCUGCUGGAUCCAUCCUGCAGCGGAUCAGGUAUGGUGUGUCUCCGGGACGAUGCGUCUUCUGCUGACGAGGUUCAGGCUCGUCUGGCCUCCUUGGCCUCCUUCCAGCUGCGGUGCCUGAACCACGGCCUCAAGUUCCCUCGUCUGAAGCGCCUGGUCUACUCCACCUGCUCCAUCCACAGCCAGGAGAACGAGGACGUCGUCACGGCCUGUCUGCAGCAGAACCCGGGCUUCAGGUUGGUUCCACUGCUGGCUCAGUGGCCAGAGCGUGGCCUGGAGCCACUCACUCAGUGUCUUCGCGCCAGCACCACCAAGACUCGCACACACGGCUUCUUUGUGGCUCUGCUGGAGAAGCACAGUGAGGCUGGGAAUAAGAGGCCAGAGCCAGCGGUUCAGAUAAGCAAGCCGGAGGCUGCGGCACCACUCAGCCUGUCCACCUGCGAGAAGAGACCAGCCGCCUCAGAAGAAGAGUCUGAAGCUUCAGAGACGGAGGACACCCCGACAGCAGCAGCAGCAGAACAGGCUGACGCUACACCUGGCAAGAAGAAGAGGAGGAAGAGGACGAAGAAGAAGAAGGCAGCAACAGUGGAGUGAUGAGAAAUGUAACAUGGGACUGCUACAGCAUGUUGUCUGGAAGGCAUGCUUUGUGUACGGGGCUUUAUUAAUGUGAUGUAAAGGAAAAG